AUAUUUAAGCAAAACCAAAACAUUUCAUUUUUUUUAUAGCCUAAAAAAGGAUGGGAUAAAGGAUAAUAGUGGGAUUAGCAAUCCAUUAAAUGGCCCUUGGAUUUGGGUGCAGGUUUUUGUUGUAGAUUUUAUCAGCCUGGGUUUUAAAGGAAGAGGGUAUUAACGUUAGAAGGAUUAAAGUGAAAGAAGGAAAAAAACUUCAUUCCUGUGGUGGUAUUAGGCCCUUUGGUCCAGCCAAUAUAAACACAGAUCCCUAUGGAGUAUGGGAAUGCUGCUGGGAUGCAACCCAGCAUUGGUUUGCUUCUUGCUAAAAUUCAUUCCUUUUGUUUACUUCUAGUUUAAAGGGACCAGUUUCUCAAGACAUUUUUGGGUCUCCCACCUCUCUGUUUGUGUGUGUUUAUGAGAGAGAGAGAGAGAGAGAGAGAGAGAAAGAAGAAAGCAAGAGAGAUUUGUGGAGGGUGUGCAUAGAUAUAAGAGCUAGCUUCACUUCUGUGUGUUGUGGGCUUAUUGUUUGCAUUUCUUGGCCAGCAGCUUCAUGAGUGUUCUUCUGCAGCAAGAUUACAAAGAUCUUUAGAGGGAGAGAGAUUUGUUAGAAUGAUUACUUUGUAUCCUCUCCCAAUGAUUGAGUUGCCUUGAGGAACAGGAAAUACUGCUAAGAAGUAAAAAACCUCUAGAAGGAAGAAAAAGAAGAUGAAGUCUGUGAAUGAUAACAACAAUGGCAGUGAUGCUAGCAGUAAUAAUAAUUGUAACGCUCCAAACUGGUUGGGUUUUUCUCUCUCACCCCACAUGAAAAUGGAAGUUACUUCUUCUUCUUCUUCUUCCGAACAUCAUCAUCAUCAGUUCAAUCAUCAAAAUCAGCCACCUCCAACUUCAACUUCUACUGAUGUUCCAACAAGUUUCUGUCUUUCUUCUCCUCCUCACCUCAACAACAUAGCUUCUCCCGUCUGCUUUGGUGUCUCUGAAAAUGGUGGUUUUCAUCAUGCACCUCUGUCUGUGAUGCCCAUUAGGUCAGAUGGUUCUCUUUGUAUCAUGGAAGCCCUCAGAAGAUCUCAGACUGAAGCUAUGGGGCCAAAUUCUUCUCCCAAAUUAGAAAACUUUUUUGGUGGUGCAACCAUGGGAACUCAUCAAUAUGGAAGCCAGGACAGAGAAACAAUGGUUCUUAGCUUAGACAGCAUCUUUUACAACCAAAAUGUCGAGCCAGAAGGAGAGCCUAUUAGGCAAGAAAAUCCAUACUUUUCUGGUCUGCAAUGCCAGGAUAUGUAUCAACAUCCUUUACAUGAGGAAAAUGAUGAGACCAGAGUUGCUGAUUGUGAUACUCAAAUCCCAACAAUGACUGGGGAGGACCUGAAAAACUGGGUCGCUGUGGACUAUUCGGAUCAGCAUGCACUUGACCAGCAGCAGCUAAACACAGCUCCCAUGGUUGAAGGAGGAAAUGGUUCUGGUUCUGGAUCAGUUGGUUCGGUGGGUUGUGGUGAUUUGCAGUCCUUGAGUUUAUCUAUGAGUCCCGGCUCUCAGUCCAGCUGUGUUACUGCCCCUAGACACAUUUCACCAACUGAGGCUGAGUGUUUGGCCAUUGAAACAAAGAAGAGGAGCUGCGGAAAAGUUGCACAGAAGCAACCUGUUCAUAGGAAGUCCAUUGACACCUUUGGCCAGAGGACAUCUCAGUAUAGAGGUGUAACAAGACAUCGUUGGACAGGUAGGUAUGAAGCACAUUUGUGGGAUAAUAGUUGCAAGAAAGAGGGUCAGACAAGGAAAGGGAGGCAAGUUUAUCUUGGUGGAUAUGACAUGGAAGAGAAGGCUGCAAGAGCUUACGAUCUCGCGGCGCUUAAAUACUGGGGACCUUCAACUCAUAUUAACUUCCCGCUAGAAAAUUACCAGCAAGAACUUGAGGGGAUGAAGAAUAUGAGUCGCCAGGAAUAUGUUGCGCACUUGAGAAGGAAAAGUAGUGGAUUCUCGAGGGGUGCCUCAAUAUACCGAGGAGUAACAAGGCAUCAUCAGCAUGGAAGAUGGCAAGCCCGAAUUGGCCGUGUGGCAGGGAACAAGGAUCUCUAUCUUGGGACUUUUAGCACGCAGGAGGAAGCAGCUGAAGCUUAUGACAUUGCUGCUAUCAAGUUCCGUGGUGUAAAUGCUGUCACCAAUUUUGACAUAUCAAGAUAUGAUGUGGAGAGAAUCAUGGCCAGCAAUACCCUGCCUGCUGGGGAGCUUGCUAGGAGGAACAAAGAGACCGAGCCGAAUAAUGAGACCAUUGAAUACGCCAAUGCAGCCCGCAAAAGCGAGGAAUGCUUUCAACCCGAGAGGAAUGCGAACGUUUCGGAUUGGAAAAUGGCCCCAUAUCAGCCCCCUCAGCAGCAAAAUCUGCCCAUGGACUCUUUCAAUGAGAAAAUAAUGAACGUUGUGCAUUAUCAAAAUCCCUCCUACUCAACUGCUCUACAUGGUCUUAUUGGCAUCGAUUCCGGGAACUCGAGCCGGGGCAUUGUGGAUGAAUCUGCUAAGUUAGGAGCUCACUUUUCUAACUCAUCUUCCUUGGUUACCAGUUUGAACAGCUCCAGAGAAGCUAGUCCUGAUAGGUCCGGAACCUCCAUGCUAUUUGCUGCAAAGCCUACUUCUGCUGCUAACUACGUCAACCCUACAGCAAAUGUUGGUUCUUGGAUUCCAUCGGCACAGUUAAAGCCAGUUCCAAUCUCCAUGGCUCACUUGCCAGUAUUUGCUGCCUGGGGUGAUAUAUGAUCAGGCAUGCGUUUUGUUACAUGUAAAGUUUUUGCAUGGAGCGGAGGGUAAAAAAGGGCAAGGUGGUCACGAGAAAAAGGAGCAAGGGGAUGUAGGAUUUUUAUGACUCUUUCAGUUAUUUCUAGUUUUAUUUUGCUGAAUUGCGAGUGGAUAGCACUUGAAGCUUAAUGGGGAUAUAGACAGGAGGGGUGGUGGGGGGGGGGUCCCCAGUUAUCUGUCUGUAACCAAGUGUUGGGAAACUUUUUCAAACUACAUGCCUUUUUGCGCAUAUUGGGGUGUUGAAGAUUUUGCCAAAAUGAAGGGAAUGGUAUUCGGCCACUUUUGGAGC